AUGUGUCAUUUAUUCGGUUACGGUUACAUACCAAGAGGAGCUACAACAACUACGAAUAGUAAACUUUCUCACGCCACAAAACCACCACUCCCACUAACAUUCUCAUCACACAAUCCACUACACGGUGCUAAGAUAAGCCAGAAAGUUCCAUUAAUCUCCAGUGAUAUUGCUUCAAAUCUCCUUGCUCAUCAACCGCAGCUAUACGCGCCAAAUUUCUAUGAUCCUUGGUUUAAUUAUGCAUACCACCAAACUAUGCCUUAUGGUGUACUUCAUCAAGCUCCUCCUCCUCCUAUAAACGCUGCCUCCGAGCUAGUGUUUGCUCCUCUAAGUUUCUUUACCACUUUCCCGCCAGUUCCAAUUUCUCUUCGUCAGAGUAGUGGAGGAUUUGAAUUUGAGGCAUUGAGUAAGAACUUCAAGCAGUACGAGGUAUGGAAUCGUCAGGAGAACAACAAUCAAACUGCUAGUAACAACAAAGAAGCUGUUGAUAACACUAAUGACGGAUCGUUUUACAUGAUCUCUCGGAAUCCGUUUGAUCCUAUCGGGAGACCUUGCAAUACGUUUGGCAAUAUCGAGAGACUCGACGAGCAUGAGUUGCAUUGGGGACAUCAACUACAAUUAAUACCUAGUACGCUUUUUUCUGAACUCAGUGGAAGAAGCUUCUUCCACCAAGCUCCAAGUCCAAGGAUGGCUAAGCAGCCUGAAGCUGCAAAGACACCGUCUUUGACCAGGUAA